GCUCAACUCUGUUCCACCUGCGAAGUUAGCAAAUAUCAUAGUCACCGGCGAUGGAAAAUGAGGUGAUCACAAAUUGUUCCCUGAGUUAUCUACAUCUGUGUGCUAUGGAAAUCAUCUGAACGGAAUGUCAAAGUGCUAAGUAGGUGUUACGGGGGAAACUGUGGAAUUUGUCACAAAUGAUUGGAUUGAUGAAGAGUUUUUGGUGAAGACUAAAUCACACUAAUCCCAAUGUAAUUCAGUGUAAUCGCUUAUUCACAAACUUCUUAUAUCUCUCGGCGAAAAGGAGAGGAAAUCCAAUCUUUAAACGAACACGGGACAAUAAAAGGAGUCUAAAGUCAAGGGCACUGAAAGUCAGGAAAAUAUUAGUUUACAUGAAAGGUAAUGACAUAAUAAUCAAAAACUCAAUACGACAAUCACAAGGAUCAGUAGGGAAGAGAUCAGGCGAAACAUGGAGGACAUAGCACCAAAUCUAACUGUUUUAACUGGAGAAUUCGGAGAACUUUUCUUCGAUGACUACAACCCGUGCGCGAAUGUCUGCCGCCCGCCAAACAUCGAAGAAUUCCCGCCGGAUGUUCUUACCCAGGAUCAGCGAUUUUACGGUGGAGUCAUGUUACAUGUCAUCUUCUCCCUUCAUUUAUUUUGCGCUCUUACAGUAGUCUGUGAGGACUUCUUCGUCGCCUCCUUGAACAGGAUAAGCAUGUGCUUGGGGCUGAAGCCUGACGUCGCAGGAGCGACAUUUAUGGCUGUUGGCAGCUCCGCACCUACCCUGUUUAUUGCUAUCAUAUCUAUAUUCUUCACAGAAGGCGAUAUUGGACUAGGAACUAUUGUGGGUAGCACUAUAUUCAACACUUUGUUUAUUAUAGCCUUAUGUGCUAUAGGAUCGGGUGUUACAUUACAGCUCGCUUGUUAUCCGAUUUCUAGAGAUUCUACGGUGUACGUAGCGAGCGUGAUAGUGUUGAUGGUAUCUAUCUACGAUAACAAGGUCUACUGGUACGAAGGGCUUAUUUUUGUGAUUGUCUACGCGAUAUAUAUCGUCAUUAUGUACUUCAAUGAUCAGGUCGAAGGACUUUGUAAAACCGUCAAGAAGAAACUAAAGAAGAAGAAAGUGAAGCCCGAGGGGGAGGGGCAAGGGGUGGAUGAAGACGGAGGCGAGGAGAGUGAGGACGAGCUGAACAAAAGCGAAGACUGGGGCUUCCAUGAUACCCCCAGAACGAGACUCAAGCCCCCAGAAGGCGCAUGCGCGAGGGCACUAUGGGUUUUCACGCUCCCCUCUAUACUAGUGUUCUACGUCACAAUUCCCGACUGCCGGAAAAAGACAUGGCGAAAGUUCUACUUGGUCACCUUCACUGUAGCCGUCAUCUGGAUGGCGGUGCUCUCAUAUUUCCUUGUAUGGAUGGUCGCAAUCAUUGGCUACACCUAUACGAUCCCAGAAUGCGUUAUGGGCAUGACCUUCCUGGCCGCGGGCUCAAGUCUACCAGACGCCAUUGCGAGCCUGGUAGUGGCGAAGCAAGGUUCCGGUGACAUGGCUGUCUCAAACUGUAUUGGCAGCAACGUGUUUGAUAUGUUGUGUCUAGGGAUACCGUGGUUAAUAAAAAGCGCGUUUUUGCAGCCCGGAAAGCCGGUUGUGAUACAAAGUGAGAAUAUCUUCUUCACGUCGGCCAUGCUGAUUGGUAGCAUCGCCGUUACGUUUCUGCUAAUCCAGUUUAAUAAGUGGAAACUCAAUGUCAAAGUAGGGAUCGCCUUUCUUAUCAUGUAUUUUCUGUUUUUGAUUGUAGCGACUUACAUCGAGUCUUUACCGUGUAUUAAAUGCGUCACGGGACCAUAAAACGAGGAAAAAUCUCUCCUGAUUGCAAUCGAUCCUGACACUAUAGUUUCUAAAGAUUAGUGGAUACGUUAUUUAGUGAAUGAUAAUGAAUCACAAUUACCAGAACUAUAUACUACAUGGAUUCGAAAAGAAAAUCUUAGAGAGUUUCUGGUGUGUAUAGGAAAUUUAUUCGUGUCAAGUCAGUCACCUAUGGGCAGAGUAGAAUUGCAGUUUGGCAGACAGCUUGGGGGCUAGACCUGACCUAGGUGCUUGGGGGCUAGACCUGACCUAGGUGCUUGGGGGCUAGACCUGACCUAGGUGCUAGACCUGACCUAGGUGCUUGGGGGCUAGACCUGACCUAGGUGUUUGGGGGCUAGACCUGACCUAGGUGCUUGGGGACUAGACCUGACCUAGGUGCUUGGGGGCUGUUUACUGAAGGCGCUAGAGUAAAAGGAAGGACUUUAACUCGUAUCUAUCUAACCAGGCUUGCUUUAACUGCGUUUUUGUCUCAGAUAAGAGCGAAGUCCAUAGGGCCGCAUAACAAACGUUACACAGCGAACAAAUGAGUUCAAUUUAAAAAAACUUUUAACCUAUCUCAUGUGUGCUUAAAGAAAAAGCUAAUGGCUGUGCUAAAGGCAACGAUAUGUCCUUUCGUGAGAUAGUAUCAAUUGAGUGGUUGUUAUUACUGUAGAUUGAAAAUGCUCGACUUUUCGGGCGAGUUUUGUGUUUUUUCCACUAUCAAUGUAUUGGAAGUACAUAUGAGCUAAUAUGCGCUACGGGCCUUCAAAUGCCUGAGCAAAAAGUCUAUUGCUUGGGCUCAAUUUUAUUCUCGCGCGAAAUUGACUAGGUACAUACCUCAUGUGGAGUCAUUCCUCGUUUGCUCCCAACCCCAGACAAGGGCAAUAGCAACAUCCCUAUUUUCUAGAAAAUGCCAUGCACGUUUUACUGGCAAGACAGUUGGUAGUAUAUUAUAGCUUGAGAUUGAUUGAAAUAUUUAAUAAAAUUCUUCAAAAUACUGGAUUCUGGUGCUAAUUAAAGGAUGACCCUUCUAACCAGUAUGCAAGAGUUUCGAACAUUUAUCAGGGACAAAUACGGGAUAUCGUUAAUAGGAGUCACUUCUUGAGAAGGAGUCACUAGCUUGUAGGGAGGUAAAUUUGUGAUCUGUAGCAUUUAUACCUUCCAGAAUCCCAGCCCGUAGGGGGUGGGGAGGGGUGGUUUAUGCAUUCCCCUCCCUGUACCCACCACAGUACAAUCGAUAAGAACGCUCACAUACUUGGUUUGUAAAGCUGCAUUUCGCUCAAGGGGGUCGUUUCUCAAAACUCCCGGUAAUUACCGGGCCCGUUAGGGUACCGGGAGAGUUUUCGGGAUACGUUUCUCAAAGCUUGCGGUAGCGUCCCGGCUGUUUACGGGUUCCCGAUAAGCAAAUUAUAAUUUUCAGAGUUAAUGAAUAAAUUGGCUAAAUAAUUAUUGAAUAUCAAUAAAAAUCGUAGAUUUGUCGAUAUCUGUAGACAACUGGUACCCCAAACACUGCUGUGGCAUCGGCACUUUUUGAAAAAAAGACAAAGAACAAGUAGAUAAAGUCUCAUUUUGUAGCAAACUACCAAUAUCUUCGCAAAGUUGUUUACAUUUUUUUAGGCGCACGGUGGCAGCUAAAUGUCAAAUCAUUUGACAGAAAAGAAACCUGGUUGGCUUUUUGUGCGAAUCCCAUAAAAUGAUGUUAGCCGUGAUUGGCCCACUUCUUUCCGGGCAGUGAUAUGGUUUCCUCAAGUGAUGAAAAUUCACUACAACUCGACACAACUUGAAAAUGGCGAGAUUUAAUC